CGCUGCUGACUCAGCCGCGGGGGGGCCCGGAGGGCGCCCCGGCCCCGCGGGCGUGGCGGGCGGCCCGCCGCCCUCCGGGGGCAUAAAAGGCCGCGGCCGGAGCCCGCCCGCGCCUCUCGGCGCCGCCGGCAGCAUGACCGCCAUCGGGGCGCAGUCACAGAGGCUGCUGGCGCACCGGAGACCACAGAAAUCCUUCUUUGAGACGCUCAUCAGGAGCCUGAUCAUCUUGUGUGUGGCCAUCGCGGUGGUCUUGUCAUCCAUCUCCGUCUGUGAUGGCCGCUGGCUCUUUGCAAGGGGGCAGCUCUUUGGACUGUGGCACUUCUGCACCGUUAGCAACGGCAGCGUCCUGAAGUGCGUCACUGACCUCAGCCUGGCCAGGGUGGAGGGGCUGAGCGUGGGGGCGAUUCCCAUAAGGAGCAUGGUGUCCUUUGCUGUUGUGGUCGCCAUAUUUGGCUUGGAGCUGCUGAUGGUGUCCCAAGUCUGCGAGGACACCAAUGCAAGGCGGAAGUGGUCCAUGGGCUCGGUUCUCAUCCUCUGCUCGUUUUUGCUGUCGGCCACCGGCGUUCUGAGCUUCUCCAUCCUUGUGAAGGAUCAUCUCACCUUCACGGGCUUCACACUGACAUACUGGUGCGAGUUCAUCGCAGCCUUUCUCUUCUUCCUUAAUGGGAUCAGCGGACUUCACAUCAACAGCCUCACACGCCCCAGGAACAGGGUAGGAAAAAUCUAGCUGCAAAGAUGUACCUCUGCCUUCGUGUAAUCAGCUUUGCCAAUUAGACUGGAAAAAAGGGAGUCUAAUGAAGUUUGAAAAGGACACUGCGUCUUAAAUUGUGUGCAUGGAAGGGAAGCAUGAGUCAGUCCUGGUGCUUGUGGAAGACAUACCCACCCACUGGUCAGCAUAGAGGGCUGGGCAACGUGAGCAAAGCAGAGACUGGGACUGGUUGCUCCUGCAAUGUGGUUUUCUGGAGGAGUGGAGUAAAGAAGAGGGCAUCCCGUUAAAUGUGCGCAGGGUCGGCAGACUGCAAUCUACAUGCAUGGGCUGUUUUGAAGCUUACACAAAGCCUGUACUGCUGUGGGUUGGGCGUUGCUAGGAUUUCUCCCAUACUCUGGAGCCUGUGAAGAGUGUGGUACAACUUUGGUGUGUCUCAUAGCUUUGCUCUGUCUCAGGGACAAGUGAUCGGUGCCUGGCCAUGCUCACUGGUGUGGACUAUUGAAAAUCUUCAUGGGACCUCACUCCUCCAUUUCUCUUUCAAAAGAGAAGGCACGCAGUUCUUGUUCUGGUCACCUGUUUUGUUACCUGUGUCUGUCCUUUCCCCUGUGAGUUUUUCUGGGAUGCUUCUGACAGAGGCCCAGGGAGAUGCAGUUGUCUUGAGGCCAAGGGCAGGCGCUGAGUGAUGCAGAUGUACAGGGAAGGGUUGUGAUGCCUUUUUCAGGCAGCAGUGUGUAUUCCUGGGCUUGCAGCCUCCCCACUGGCACUGCUCCUCUGCCAGCCACGUAGGACGCAUGCCAAUCGGCCACCAAAAUUGGUUCAUUCACAGCCCUUGCAAAGUUCAAUGUAACAAGGCAUUGCUCCUCCUGGUUUCUUUUUUGUCCCUUUGGGGCAAGAGAGAUAAGCUCUGCAGGGGCUUUAGGCGGGCAUCGUGGCUGGGCAGACCGCCACACUUACUGGAGUGUGUUUUGGUUGUUGGUGUUUCCUGCUGGGGCAAUAGGAAAUCUGCUCAUCCUGUAGCUGAGAGUUCUAGGAGGAGAAGGCUCUAGAUCCUUCUGACUAGACUAAGUCCUUUUCUUCCCCUAAUUAACAGUGAGCCUGGGAGAAGCCGGUGAUUUCCGAAGGAGGGGCUGAUGGGGGCAGCUUUAAUCCAUCACAGCUGGUGGAAAUACCAAGGGACUUGGCCAAAAUUAUAUUAAUGGUGGUCUUCCUGCUGCCAAUGCCCGAGUCAAGAUCUCUAAAAUUGCUGCAGCCUUGAUGUUCCCCAUAGUGUCUGAUGUAAAAGAAGACCUCAGCAGGAGAGGAGACCUCAGAGGUUGGUGGCCCUGCAUGUAUUCUCCCUGUCCAACAUACAGCACUCAGCUGCCCAAAGAUAAAAAUGUCUUUAGAGUAUUUCAGGGUUUCUGGUUUAACAUUUAUUGGUUAUUGUAUUUGCUGGUAAAGCUGCUUGUAUUCUUGUUUUGGAACAAAUGUUUCUAUACGUUUCACCUCUGUAGUUUGUCUGGUAGCUGUUGAGCAAGGUUUUCUUUUCCUGUGCGCUGAGUUUGACACAAUUUUUCACCUGAAAUAAAAGCAUCAUAGCACAAAGUCUGAGAAGGCUGUGUAGGUGAGCUAUGGGUAAGCAGCUUUGUCUGUGAAAGCAAAGACUCUUAAGAGCAUACAUCCGCCUUUGCCGAAUGUGCUCUUGUGGACUCACUUGCCUUCAUGUGGACAGUGUCAAUUCCUUCUCAGAUUUCCGUAACUAUAAGACGACACUCCUGAGCCUUUUUUUGUGGUGCAGUUUCAGACCAGGCUUGCUAUAGACAGUGCCAGUUAUGUUUUUACACAUGAGUCUGCCUGUCUUUCUGGCAAGAUAAUGCACAGAGCUGUGCUACCCAGCCAACUCCUGGAACUCUUGCAAUGUCUGGGGCUCUGUCAGAGUUUCUUGACCUGCUUUAAGGACAAGGACUUGGGUCCUGAACUUGCCUCUGGAAAACUGCACUGUGUGUGUCUUUGUGAAGGUGCUUUUGAUUUGCUGAAUUGAGCUGUGAAAGGUAUGCUAGUGGGCUGAAUUUGCAGAUGCUUGUGUGAAUAGUGCUGUGGCUUUAGCAGAGCCGAUUACCCCAAAGAGUCUGCAAGGUGCAGUCCUAAACCGUUGCACUUUGGUGUUACCAGGUAGUAGAGUGCCUUAACUAACCAGUAACUCGGUUGUGGUGCCUAGGGCUGCACAUGCCAGGCAGGAGAGUUCCCCUACACGAGGUUAAGGGUGUCCACGGCUUGUCUAGAAACAUGAAUGUAACUUCAGAGUGGCGCCUUGGUGACACUCAAACCUGGAAAUCAGUUCUUCAUGUACUCCCCUUUGUGCUAGUGGGAGUCUGUGCCCCCAGCCCUUUCCCUGGGGGAAGGCAGCUGUAGCCAGACUUGAGUCCCAGGCUGGUGCCUCCCACUCGGGUUAGAGGGAGGCAGUGGACAAUCGGCCAUUGAGUUCACCCAAGACUUGGUGCAAUUGUGAACGGUUGCAGAUGCCCUCUGCUAGCUGAAGAAGAGGCCUUUUGUUGAGGGUAGGGAAUCCUUUAGAGAAAAUACAGUAACUUUUUUUUUCUCCAGCUGUUUUUGUAUAGUACCGCUUGACUUACUAAUGCUGGGAGAAAGCACGUUUUGGUGGCUAAAUAUUACAAAACAGGGUUGAUUGUCUCGGACACCCUUACAUACAGAAACCUGUGCAGCAAUGGGUAACUGCUAAUUUUCUGAAGCCUGUGGAAGUGUCAAGCAAUAUUCCUGAAACUUGUUAAAUAAAUUUCUUUGAAAUAAGACAA